AUGGCAAGGGCCGUUUGUCGUCACCGACCGCCGGGGGAUCUUCUAUGCAAUUCAAGAUGGUCGGGAUCGAAAGUGGUGAAUAGGAAUCAGCUUCCCAAACGGCGUGAUACACAAGAAGAGCGGCCUAGUAGAUCCUCUGCCGAAGCCGACAUGACGGAGCCGAGCCUGGCAAUUGAUUUGCCUGCGGACAAAGAACGGAUGACCGUUAUCAUGGACAAAUCGGACUACGUAGACAAAGCAAAAGCUCUGCUCAACGACACUACCACGUAUCGCCGUCUGGAGAAUGAUCAAACUAAAAAACUGAAGCGACUGAAGGACCUCUAA